AUGACCGAACGAAAUAAACUUUCGAUUGGAGUUGAUUUGUCUUCUCAAGAUUUUGAUCUUGUAGAUGUCUCAAAAAAAAGUGAUAAGAUUCUUCAAUCUUUUUCAUUUAUUUCUGUUCCUUUAUCAUAUGAAUUUGAUGUGAAUGAUCAAGAAGAACAAUUUCAACCAACAUUUUCUGAUAGUUAUUUAGAUAGUUCUGUUGUUUCUACAAGGUGGUUUGGUAAAUUAUCAUUAUUUGAUUGUUCACGUUCAUUAGAAUAUUUAUAUGAAGAAUUACAAUGGGUAAAUCAUAUUAGGUUGCCAUGUAUUAUUAUUCCUGAAGAUGAGUCUUAUUCAAUAGAAUAUAUAAAAUGUAUUAAUACUAUUUGUUCAAUUACACAAAGUAUUGUUUGGAUAUCAUUAUUAUUAGAUGAAAAUACAUGGAAACGAUGGAAUACACUUAGAAAAACACUAGGAUAUAAUUUAAAUAUUCGACCACUUCUUAUUCUUCAAAAUAAAGAAAUAGAAUAUAAUUUAUUAAGUAUAUGGAGAGCAGAAAAUGUAAGUGGAGUGGUAAUAAAUAAAUCAUUAAUAAAUGAAUAUGGAAAAAUACCAAGAAGUUUAGAAAUAUUUAUUCAAAGUUUAAUGGAUUUUGAUAUUGCUAUUAUUUUAAAAGGAUAUUGUUGUCAUGUAAAAGAAAUGCAAAGAGAUGUAAAAUACUUUGAAUGGUUAAAAGAGUCAAGAAUGAAAAUUUCUCGAUAUGAAGAAACAACAAUACCAUAUAGAGAUCAAAUAGAAAUUCCAAUUCAACCAUUAUCAGAAAAUUUAGAGUCAAUAGUUUAUGAGUCUUUUGAAAAAGAACCAUUUAAAUAUGAAAAAUAUAGAGAAGCAAUUAUUAUGGCAAUUCAAGAUAAAUCAGAUGUUUUUAGUAAAUCAACACCAUUAAAUCCGUUUAAAAUUGUAAUUGCAGGAGCAGGAAGAGGACCAUUAAUUGCAAUAACACUUGAAAUAUGUAAAAAUUUUAGAAUUGAACAUAAAACAAUAAUUUAUGCCAUUGAAAAGAAUCCAAAUGCAAUUGCAACAUUAAAAUUUAGAAAGAAUAAAGAAUAUUGGAAUAAUGUUAAAAUUAUUUUUGAUGAUAUGAGAAAUGUUCAUAUGGAAAAACAAAUUGAUAUUGUUAUAAGUGAAUUAUUAGGUAGUUUUGGUGAUAAUGAAUUAUCUCCUGAAUGUCUUGAUUGUUUACUUCCUCAAGUAUUAAAAGAUGAUGGAAUAUCUAUUCCUUAUAGAUAUACUAAUUAUAUUCAACCAAUAUCUUCUGCAUUAUUAUUUACUAAAAUGAUUGUUGAACAACAUUCAUUUGAAUUACCUUGUGUUUGUAAUCAUUAUCAUUAUCAACCUUUAUCCUCUCCUCAACAAUGUUUUAGAUUUGAACAUCCAACAUCUCAAAUAAAUCAUUCUCGUUAUAUAACAUUAUCUUUUCCAAUGAAUUAUGAUGCUGUUAUUCAUGGGUUUUCAGGUACUUUUAAUGUAGAUCUUUAUAAAACAGUUAAAUUAAGUAUUGUUCCAAAUGAACAUUCACCUGAAAUGUAUUCAUGGUUUCCUUUAUUCUUUCCUUUAAUUUCUCCUAUUGAAGUAAAAAGAGGAGAUAUUUUAGAACUAAAAUUAUGGAGAUGUGAAACUAAAUUUAGUGUAUGGUAUGAGUGGUUAGUUACAUCACCUGUUCUUUCUCGUCUUCAUAAUGCAGGUGGUAAAUAUUCAAUGAGUCUUCAACGUUCUCAUUAA